AUGGAUCUGAGUGACUUGCCGAAAAUCGGCGAACCGGGCAGCGCCGCGCCCUUCCAACUGGAGCGCUUGAAGGGAUGGGGGCUGGAAGACCUGGCCUCCGCCUGCACCACGCGCGAGCAGGCAUUGCUGGCCCAUCACUGUGCACUUUACGUGCGCAUGGUCUGGCAGGACCUCUUCGGCGAAACGAGCGAGCCGCCGGUCGCGGCCCUGCGUCACUGCGUCGGCGAACUGAUCGGCCGGCCGGGCAUGCUGGAGCGGGCCGACCGGGGCGCCCAUCUGGAAACCGGCGUCGACUACCGCGCCAGUGCCGCCGACGAAGACCCGGCACUCUACCAGGCCUCGACGGGGCGCCGCCGGGACAUUAGAGAUGGUCCGGCCAUGAAACUGCGUUCCCUCACCCUGCUGCUGCUCGCCGAACUGGCCGCCAUGUCGCUGUGGUUCGUCUCCGCCGCCGUGCUGCCGGACAUGCUGCGCGAGGCGGCGGUCUCGCCCUUCCGCCAGGCGGCGCUGUCGAGCGGCGUACAGGGCGGCUUCGUCGUCGGCUCCCUGAUCUCCGCCAUCCUCAACAUUCCCGACCGCUACGACCCGCGCCGGGUGCUCGCCGCCUCGGCCAUCGCAGCCGGCGGAGUGAACGCCCUGCUGUUGGUGGUGGCGCCCGGCAGCCUGACCGCCAUCGCCGCACGCUUUGCCACCGGCGCCCUGCUGGCCGGGGUCUAUCCUGUGGGCAUGAAGAUCGCCGUCGGCUGGGGCGAGCGCGACCGCGGCUUCCUGGUCGGCGCGCUGGUGGGGGCCCUGGCGCUGGGCUCGGCCUCGCCUUACCUCAUCGCCUUCGGCGGCGGCGCCGACUGGCGCCUGACCGUCGCCGCCGCCUCCCUCGCGUCACUCUUCGCCGGGCUCCUCAGCCUGGGUGUCGGCCUCGGCCCCUACCACCGCACGGCCCAGCGCUUCGAUCCGAGCGUCAUCGUCACCGCCUGGACCAACCGCCGGGUCCGCCUGGCUUACGCCGGCUACCUCGGCCAUAUGUGGGAGCUCUACGCCAUGUGGGCCUGGGUCGCCGCGGCGACCGCGGUGUCUUACGGCGCCACCCUGCCGGCCGACGAUGCCGAGCAACUCGCCAAGCUCACCGCCUUCCUCGCCAUCGGCGCCGGUGCCAUCGCCUGCGUCCCCGCCGGCUUCGCCGCCGACCGCAUCGGCAAGGCGCGGGUCGCCAUGCUGGCCAUGAUCGUCAGCGGCGCGGCGGCCAUCGGCACGGCGGCGACCUUCGGCGGCCCGGUCUGGCUGACCUUCGCCAUCGUCAUCGUCUGGGGCAUCAGCAUCAUUCCGGAUUCCGCACAGUUCUCCGCCCUGGUUGCCGAUGCGGCACCUCCGGCCCAGGCCGGCAGCCUGAUGACCUUCCAGACCGCGCUCGGCUUCGCCCUCACCUUCGUCACCGUGCAGGUGACGCCGGUGCUGGCGGAGACCUUCGGCUGGUCCACCGUGCUCUUCGGCCUCGCCCUCGGCCCCGCCUUCGGCAUCGCCGCCAUGGCCAGGCUGCAGGCCAUGCGCUGA